UGAGUGGAGGAGGCGGCAGUGGGGCCCCAGAUCAGGUGCCUCCAUGGCAGGCUCUGAAGAGCUGGGGCUCCGGGAAGACACGCUGAGGGUCCUAGCUGCCUUCCUUAGGCGUGGUGAGGCUGCUGGGUCUCCUGUUCCAAAUCCACCUAGAAGCCCUGCCCAAGAAGAGCCAACAGACUUCCUGAGCCGCCUUCGAAGAUGUCUUCCCUGCUCCCUGGGGCGAGGAGCAGCCCCCUCUGAGUCCCCUCUGCCUUGGUCUCUGCCCAUCCGCCCCUGCUAUGGUUCAGAGCCUGGCCCAGCUACUCCAGACUUCUAUGCCUUGGUGGCCCAGCGGCUGGAACAGCAAGAGCAACUGAAAUCUCCGCCUAGCCCUGCUGGCCUCGGACCCCGCCCUUGCCGCAGCAAGCGGAUCAGCCUGGCCUCCGGCUCUUUCGCCCGCCUGGUGGAGCUGUUCUGUAGCCGGGAGGACAGCUCUCGCCCAAGCCGAGCAUGCCCCGGGCCCCCGCCUCCUUCCCAGGAGCCCCUGGCCCUGGCCAUGGAGCUGAGCCGGGGCGUGGCCGAGCUGGGGGACACCCGGGCCGGACUCAGCGUGGAGCACGCGCACAGCCUCACGCCCUGGAUCCAGGCCCACGGGGGCCUGGUGAGCCGCUGAAGCCUCUCUCUCCCGGCCUCACUUUACCCGACUGUUAUGUGAUAGAGGAGGGGCGGGAACUUCUUAGGUUCCUCUCAGACCUCCGGUAUUCUCCCAGCUGCACUGCGUUCGUUCUGUGGUGAGCCCUUGCUGUAUGGUAGGACUGCAGCCACGAGUGUGGACGCUAUGCCUGGCGUCAACGACUGGGUACGCUAAUACUGUGAGCGUGAAACCAGUGACUGAAGUUACUCAGGGAGAGGCCGGACGAGGUGGCUCAUGCCUGUAAUCCCAGCACUUUUGGAGGCCGAGGCAGGAGAAUUGUUUGAGGCCAGGAGUUCAAGACCAGCCUGGACAACAUAAAGCAGUGAUCCAUGUUUCCACUGGACUGUGAAAGAGCUACUUCUACUCUGAGGCCACAUUGCCUACGUGAAAUAAAUUAUUGUUAGGAAAUUGCCUUGAAAAGAGAAACAAGACCACAACUCUUAGAAGAAUUCUGUAAAAUCUAGAUCAGCACGAAAGAUGAAAGUCUACAUCUAGCAAGAUAUGUACAAGAUUCAUAUGCUAUAAAAACUACUAAUGAGAAAAAUUAAAGACCUGAACAAAUGAAGAUGUAUAACUCAACUUCAUGGAUUGGAAGAUUUAAUAUUGUGUAGAAUCAACGCAGUUCCAACCAAAAGUAUCAGUAAG